CUGCAGCAGGCGCCGCUCGCUGCGCCCCGGCACCCUCGGGCGGCCCCAGGGGGAAGCGGAGUUUUGCGCAGGGCGGCCGCGAGGCGAUGAGGACGAUGAGCUCCCCGUGGGCUCGGUUCUACUCCAACAGCUGCUGCCUGUGCUGCCAUGUGCGCACCGGGACCAUCAUCCUCGGCGUCUGGUACCUGAUCAUCAAUUCAGUGGUAUUGCUGAUCCUGCUGAGUGCCCUGACUGAUCCCGACCAGUACCACUUACCAAGUGCUGAAUUAGGGGGCGAAUUUGAAUUUAUGGAUGAUGCCAAUAUGUGCAUUGCCACUGCAAUUUCUCUCCUAAUGAUUCUGAUCUGUGCGAUGGCUACAUAUGGAGCAUAUAAGCAACAUGCAGCCUGGAUCAUCCCUUUCUUCUGUUACCAGAUCUUUGACUUCGCCCUCAACACGCUGGUUGCCAUCAGUGUGCUUGUUUAUCCAAACACAAUUCAAGACUAUCUACGACAGCUGAGUGAUGCUGCUAGGAACACAGCUCUUUCAGGGAGAUGGACAACCCUCCGGAGAAAGCCUGACCCUAAGAACCAGCCCCUCGAUGCCAACUGGCAAAGGGGUUCCAAGAAUAUCCGGACUCUGCCUGCUAACUUUCCCUACAAGGAAGAGAUUAUGGCAGUAAAUCCUACUUGUCUAGUUGUGAUUAUUCUACUCUUCAUAAGCAUCGUUCUGGCUUUCAAGGGUUAUCUGAUUAGCUGCGUAUGGAACUGUUACCGGUACAUUAAUGGCAGAAACAACUCUGAUGUGCUGGUGUACAUUGCUACCAAUGACACUGCGGUGCUGUUGCCCCCUUUUGAAGAUCCUGCAAAUGCAGCUGGUAAAGACCCACCACCGCCUUAUGUGUCAGCAUAAGCAAGAAUGUGAAGUGUACCUAAGAACAAUAGCUUUACUUUUCAAACAUUUGAGCAAUAGUUUGUUUAUUUCACUUCCAGGCUGUAACUCUAAGAUUUAUGUGUUGCUGUUUAGCUGAAAUUUUGAAAUGUAGAUAUUGUGUUCAACAUGCUGUAGAUAGAUUUAAUAAUGUGCUUCAACUGAAACAAUAUGUUGAAUUGGUUUCAGGAACUUUUUUGGGGGGUGAGGGGGGUUAGUGUUAAGGUGACAAGAAUCAUACAGUAGCUUUUAUUCACCUCAUUUUGACAUGCAGUGCUAGAGAAUUUAGAACUUUUGUGUAUAAAUCAGGUGUAAAUUUCCUUUUUAUGUAAAAAGCUUCCAGAUCAGUAGAAACAAGUUUCUGAAAUGCCCAUUUUCCACCUUUAGAAUGUAUUGUACAAAAUGUAGUCUGUCAGUCCCAAAAAAGUGACAUUCCACUUUACUCCAAAAAAGCUAAUAAAAUAUUGUGCUGAAGCGAAUGAAGGAACAGGAGUAAGCUGUGGUGUUCUCACUAACCAGGCUCAUCACAAACACUUAAUUGUGGGGAAUGAGCAUGGGAAAGCAAGGUUGCUUAGCUCCCAAAACUGUGGCAAGUCAGGUCCAUGUUCUAACGUAUACCUGCACUGUACCCUGCAGCCACUCUUCUCUGCAAAAUAAAUAAGUAAACAUUGCUGCCACCGUUCUGCUGAUAUUCCCUUCCUGCCUAUACAGCCUCUCGCCUUUUAGCAACCUCAAAAAAUACCCGUGCUUUUAAAAUCACAUGGCUUGGUGACUAAAGAUGCCUCCUUGGUAUCCAAAAUGUGAAUGUUUCUAUGGGAGUGCGCCUGUAAAUAGAGCAAAGUUUUGGAGUGUGAAUCAAGUUAUACCAAUGCAGGGAUAAAUUCUUCCAGCCUAUGGGGAAAACGUGCAUGUAAUUUCUCCUAACAUUUUCAGAAAUCUCAUGAAUAUCCUAUAUGCAUCAAAGGGAUGUAGCAUAUGCAUCAUAUGAGAUUCCUUUGUAUGACAACUGUUUGCAUUAGAAUUCAUUCUAGUGGGACUCAUCCAUCUGUGCUGAUCCUGCUGUGUAUGUUUGUGUGAGGUACUCUCUCUUCCCCAAAAAGUGCCUCUUGCACAUGUAACUUUUUUGUUGAGAGUUCUAUUUUUAAAAAUUGUUAACUUAAAGAUAAUAAUCUAUACUAUAUGAAUGGACAUGUUUCUACCUCUCAUCUUUUCUCAAGUGUCAUCUCUGGCACUUUGUGGAUGUCAAAGCAUGUUGGGGUGCAAGCCUUGUGCAAAGGGACCUUGUGGAGCUGCACCAUCCCUGGGGGAGCCUCAAGAGAAAUUGUCCUUCAAGAAGCACAAUCUCUUCUGAAGCUAACCUGGAGUGCUCACACUGCACUAUUCAGUAGGACAAUGCAGAUUUCAGUGCACUGACUCCACUCUACAGGCCCAUGCAGAGCGUGGGCAGGUCUGUGGUCCUGCCUCCUUCUGAACAAUGACCAAACAGCCCCUGUUCAGAGACUGCUAUUGUGAUCUGUCCUUGUGCAGGCCAUGAAAUGAAGGAAAGGCUUUUUAAAAUGACCGUCCCCACACACUUGUGCAAGAGCAGGUCCCAGUCUAGCCCUUGUUAUUUUGUUUCAUGGUUCAAUCACUCUAAGAUCAGACCAUGCAAUACCUUGAUUGGACCAGUUGCUGAUACUGAUAUGUAGCAAAAUCCCAUUGUUUUCUGCAAGGUAUUUCUAGUGUUUUCCAGUGUUGGCCUCAUAACCAUUUACAUUUCAGAACUGAAUUUAUUUUUGAGGUGGGCUGCCUGGACUUCUGAUCCUACUGGCUGUUCACUUUCUUUUAAUUCUUGACUGGUUUUGAAGAAUUUUUAAUCAUCUGUUUGACAAUAAGCCGAUUGUACAUACUUCUCAUUGAAACUAUUCUGUAUACUAGCUAG